CCAGCCCUUUUCCAAGAUGGCGGUGGCUGCUCUUUCCUGGCUCCUAGGGCGGCAGUGAAAGGGGAUAUGAAAGAAGGCCAGGGCCAGGAGACAUUCCACCCCGAUUCAAACUCCCCAAGACGUCCAGAAUCUCUCCCUGACCCGCCUCCCCCCAGAUGGAGAGAACUUUCCUUUCUCCUCUUUCCAACAUUUCCAACUUUAGAUGAUGCCUCACAGACCUACCCCUCCAGAGCCCCCUGGACCCCCUACUUCCCUUCAAGCCACAGCCUGAGUCCAGUCAUACUCCAGGAUGUUUCGUCGGAUUCUAGAUCGGCCUUGCACGUUGGCCUUGCUUGUGGGCUCCCAGCUGGCUGUCAUGAUGUACCUGUCCCUUGGUGGUUUCCGUAGCCUUGGUGCCCUGUUUGGUCGAGACCCAGGCCCCACCUUCGAUUAUUCACGACCCCAUGAUGUCUAUACCAACCUCAGCCGCCUGCCUGGUGCCCCUCCUGCCCCAGGGGCGCCUGUGGCUCCAGAGGCUUUGCCCUACUGCCCUGAGCGCUCUCCCCUCCUAGUGGGUCCUGUGUCGGUGUCCUUUAGUCCUGUGCCAUCGAUGGCACAGAUUUUGGAGAGGAACCCUCGAGUGGAACUGGGGGGCCGCUACCAUCCAGGGGACUGUGAGCCUCGCUCUCGAACUGCCAUCAUCGUGCCACAUCGGGCUCGGGAACCCCAUCUCCGUCUGCUACUCUACCACCUGCAUCCUUUUCUGCAACGUCAGCAGCUUGCCUACGGCAUCUACGUCAUCCACCAGGCUGGAAACGGAACAUUUAACAGGGCGAAGCUGCUGAACGUGGGGGUUCGGGAGGCCCUUCGUGAUGAAGAGUGGGACUGUUUGUUUCUGCAUGAUGUGGACUUGCUGCCUGAAAAUGAUCACAAUCUUUAUGUCUGUGACCCUGGAGGUCCCAGGCAUGUUGCUGUUGCCAUGAACAAGUUUGGAUAUAGCCUCCCAUACCCCCAGUACUUUGGGGGGGUCUCAGCUCUUACUCCAGAUCAGUACCUGAAGAUGAAUGGCUUCCCCAAUGAGUAUUGGGGUUGGGGUGGAGAAGAUGAUGAUAUUGCUACCAGGGUUCGUCUUGCUGGGAUGAAGAUCUCUCGACCACCCAUCUCUGUGGGACACUACAAGAUGGUGAAACACCGAGGAGAUAAGGGAAAUGAAGAAAACCCCCACAGGUUUGACCUCUUGAUCCGGACACAACGUUCAUGGACACAGGAUGGAAUGAACUCUCUGACAUACCGACUGCUGGCUCGAGAACUGGGCCCACUUUAUACCAAUAUUACAGCAGACAUUGGGGUUGAUCCCCGUGGCCCCCGGCCUCCCUCAGGUCCCAAAUUCCCACCUGGUUCCUCUCAGGCCUUUCGUCAUGAGAUGCUACAGCGCCGGCCUCCAGCACGGCCUGGUCCUCUGCCUCCUGCCAACCACACUGGUUCCCACUGACAACCCCUCUUUUCAUUUGAGAUUGGAGGGAAUGUGUCCUCUCCUGGUCCCCUUUCACUGCUGCCUAAGGGGGUUAUCUCUGCUGUGCUGUGCUGGAGCUGGGCUCCUGCAGCCCUAGAGGGCCCUACUUCAGAGUUCCCCAAGAUAGGGCACAUGACUGUGAUCCACGGACGUGUUAUACAUAAUGCUGACUCUCCACCUCUGUGGAGUACCCUGCCACUAGGGUAGGAGUAGGUUUGGGCCCUAGGGUUCUCCUACUCCCUCCUCACCCCCCCACCCCCAAAAGAGGGCUCAGGUAUGACCCUCCUCCCUGGGCCCCUGUGAAUAUUUAUUUUAUUUAUGGCCCCUGGGGAGGGCAUAUGUCAGUUGGGGAGGGCAUGAUCCCUCCCCUUCGUGAUUCUCUUCUGGGGUAUCUCUCUCCCCACCAGGCCUGUCUGGGAACCCUGGGAUUUUUAUAUAUAUUUUCUAAUAAAGGACUUUGUCGUGUCUGCCC